AACAUAAUCAUAUUAUCCAGACAGAUCUCUUCCUAUCUCCUUUUUCUCAUUCUCAGUUGCUAUGAGAAUAAAUAAAUAGACAGCCCAUUUCAACUUUCCAAAAAUGGAUUUACCGGUUUAAGUUUAAGUCCCCUCUAAUUUCACCUUCGUGCUCCAUAGUUUCAGCCCAAUUGUCUUUUCUAUGGCCUUUCUCGUCUCUUCCCCAGAAAUCUUCCCCAAGGUCUUCUUUAAUCCUAACCCAAAUUCUAGAAAUUGCAAGAAUCUUGCUAGUUUGGGGAAUAAUGAGAAAAUCAGUUCUCGGGCUAGGGUUAGGGUUUCGAAAUUGGAUAAAAAUGUCAGGUUGUACGGACAAUUUUCAGCUCCCGUGAAGCCGAGCAAAGAAGACGAAGAAGAGAAGCAGAAUUACUAUGUGAACAUGGGUUAUGCAAUUCGGAAUCUAAGAGAAGAGUUUCCAGCGCUCUUCUAUAGAGAGCUCAGUUUCGAUAUUUACAGGGAUGAUAUUGUAUUUAAAGAUCCAAUGAAUACUUUUAUUGGCAUUGAGAACUAUAAAUCAAUUUUCUGGGCUUUGAGAUUCCACGGCAGAAUAUUUUUCAGGGCAUUGUGGCUUGACAUUGUCAGUGUUUGGCAACCUAUGGAGAAUAUCAUAAUGGUUCGUUGGACUGUCCAUGGCAUCCCACGAGUUCCUUGGGAGAGUCAUGGUCGAUUUGAUGGCGCUUCCGAGUACAAACUUGACAAGAACGGGAAGAUCUUUGAGCACCGUGUUGACAACAUUGCACUCAAUUCACCACCAAAGUUCCGUGUACUUGCUGUGCAAGAAUUAAUCCAAUCAAUCAGUUGCCCCUCAACCCCAAAACCUACCUAUUUCGAAAUUUCAUCUUUUGAUAGAAAUUAGAGUUUUCUUUCCAGUUUUGACAUAUGUCAUACUACGGUUGAGUGUUGCUGAGCUUGAAGUCUGAUAUCAUUGCCGGUGUCUGAUCACUCAUUAGAGAAUACUGUAUGUAACCUCAGUUGACUCAAGCUCAUGUUGAAUCGAGUAUCAUGAUAAACAUUAGCAAACUUGCACUGUAUUAACCUGCUGUUAUUAGAUUCCAUAUGCAGACAAUAUUUGUAUAAGAGUAGUGUAAAUAAUUGUACAGAGGUUGUUUACGUGUAAGCUAUACUGCUCAUGUACCAUGUAUUUUGUAAGAUAUGUAUAUGCAGUUUUAUGUAUAA